AUGCCUGCCGCUCCUACGUACAUUAUUUCCCGCGUCGCAGACCCCAUAUUUGGGGUCCUGAUUGGUCUCUCGGCGGCUGUCACGAGAAUCAACCGCGAGGAGAAGGACAAGGGAAGGACCACUGAUCAGACGAUCCAGGCCGGCCUACGCCGUGUUGGUCUAUCCUCCAAAUCCUCGUAG